AUGGCGGCGGCCGCUGUAAGCAGCGCCAAGCGGAGCCUGCGGGCGGAGCUGAAGCAGCGUUUGCGGGCCUUAAGCGCGGAGGAACGGCUGCGCCAGUCCCACCUCCUCACUCAGAAGGUGAUUGCCCACAGUCAGUAUCAAAAUUCCAAAAGAAUUUCCAUCUUUUUGAGCAUGCAAGAUGAAAUUGACACAGAAGAGAUCAUCAAGGACAUUUUCAAACAAGGCAAAAUCUGCUUCAUCCCUCGGUACCGAUUCCAGAGCAAUCACAUGGACAUGGUGAAAUUAGCAUCACCUGAAGAGAUCUCUUCACUUCCCAAAACAUCCUGGAAUAUUCAUCAGCCUGGUGAGGGAGAUGUUCGGGAGGAGGCCUUAUCCACGGGUGGACUUGACCUCAUCUUCUUGCCAGGCCUCGGGUUUGACAGAGAUGGCAACCGGCUUGGGCGGGGCAAGGGCUACUAUGACACCUACCUGAAGCGCUGUGUGCAGCAUCAAGAAGUGAAGCCCUACACCUUGGCUUUGGCUUUCAAAGAGCAGAUCUGUCCCCAGGUCCCAGUGGAUGAGCACGACAUGAAGGAAGGCAUCAUUGACAAUAUUUUUAUUUGCCAGCAAUGGCCUCAAAGUUAUGAUCUGGGGAACACUAGAAUUCUUCAGACAGACAAUAGAGCUACUACAAGGAAAAGUCCCAGCGAGAAAAAGAAACCUGGCUGCUGAUUACAAAAUGGCUGCGCAACGAGACGGAGGAGGGGGUAAAAACCUGGCAAGCACAGCCUUUGUUGCUGAAAUGUCAGAGCAACUGAAGUCAAGUCCAUUAAUCUUGUUUUAUUGCAAGAUUCAAAAUCGCCAUGGUAUGGCAGCCACAAAAUUGAUGGAUGGGUCUCCCUGCGUUCACCCAGCACCUUGGCUGCCUGGGAAACCAGACCUCAGAUGAGCAGAGAGAGGAAAUUAAAAACGCCCUUCGAGACUCUUAAGUCGCUGCAGCUAGGGAAGGAUGGGGCAUCCGUGGGCUCUGGUCACAGAUCUGCAUAUCGUUGGGACUUACCACAUUUCAAAAUGAGCAAAUCAAAGCCUCAGCAAAGUGGGAACCAUCACCAUAAAUCUUUGCCAAUGGCUCUCUAGUGCAAGACCCAGCCACCCAGCUGUUGCUUAAGGGCACCGGGCUGUGUGUCCUUGAUUGCCUUUUUGUUACUAUUUUCCAUUUGGUUCUUUGAGACGGGUCGUAUUUUGUAGCCCAGGCUGUCUUGGAGCUCCCUGUGUAGGUCAGGCUGCCUUGAACCUGGCAGCAAUCCUCCUCCCUCAGCGUCUCUCCUGCCUGGAUUACAGUCAGGAGCCACCACAUCCAGCUCCUAUUUGCCUUUUGUUAAUGAAGUGGGAGGAGAUAACAAAGCCUGGUUGUUUUAAUUUGCUAUCCUCUGAUGGCUAGGGCGCUGGGCCCUUCUUUCAUAUUUCUGUUUUCUCAUUGGAUCUCAUUCUUUUGUUCAUAGCCAUUUUCCUUCUAAUCCAAACAUAAUUAAUGUCUCAGCUCAGCAGUUCCACAUUUAUUGUGAGCUGUGUGUCACCCUUCCUGAGACAGUGCUAGGGACCAGGAGACAGGACAAGGGUGGGGAACUGGGGAGAGAGAAGGAACGUGGGAGCAGGGGCUUACAAUAUUUUCUUCUGGUUUUGUUUUUUGCUUUCUAAUUCUAGAAAGCAUAGAGAUAUUUCUAUUUCCUUAAUUAUCUCUUUCUGUUAGUGAUUCUCUCUAUCAUUUGCUACACAUUCAUUUCUACCUUAUUCUAAAUAUCUAAGUUCAAUUAAAAGAAACCUUCAAAUGCAGUCAAAAUUUAUUUCUGUUAGACUUAUGAGUUACACGGCUUCCUUUUCUAAAUCACUUGGAUUUCACAAAUGUUAUAUUGACUAAUUUUCUUUGUCUACUUUUUUGAUGUCAAUGUAAGCUAUAAGCAAAAUUCACAGAAGGAGAUUAUAUUUGUUUUCUCUUGUGUUGAUGCCUUAUCUUUUUAUUGUUGGUUUACAAUACAUUUCAGUAUCUGGAAGGGCCCAGUCAGAGCAUGCCAGCGUUGUUUUGUAGUCUGUCUUAUUUGUUCUUCUUUUAAAUACUGAGCACUGGGACUGGAAAGAUGGCUUAGUGGUUAAAAGCACUUGUUCUUUCAUAGGACUCAAGUUUAGUCACCACCAUCCACACAGAGGCCCACGACCACCCAUCACUCCAGUUCCAGAGGAUCUGACACCCUCUUCUAACCUCCACCAGCACCAGGCACACAUGUAGUGCACAGAUAUACAUAUAAGCAAAAAGCUCUUACAAAUAAAUAAAUCUAAACAUUUUUAAAUACUUAGGACUUUUUCAGUUCUCAGUAAAAACUCAGAGAAUUCACUUUUACAUUGUAUUUAGCCUAUAGACAUAUUUAGGUAACCGAUAUGUUUAUAACAUAAAUAUCAUAGACUAUACUGUGGUUUUAUAUUUACUCAAAUUUCUUUAAAUUUUUUAAGAUAUAAUUCUUUUAAAGAUUGCUCACAUGAACUAUUAAUACUUUUAUUAUAAUAAUUUGUGGUUUUGCUAUGACUUAGAUGGGUGUUCAUGCCUAGCCAGCAUCUUAUUUUGCUAUAUUCAGGUUAUAAGGAAAUAUCUACUAGUUAGCUUCUUAAAACCUUCUGCUUCCAUGGGUAUACAGUCAUAGUACUGUGCAUGAUGGCAUUUCUUCCUUUUCUAGUUGUCAUCUUUACUCUGUCUUUUCUUUCUUAUGUUCUUUCAAAAUUUUGUGAAAUGGGAAUGUCGUUAGAGCCUUUGCCAAGAGGGAAUAUCUCUUUGCAUAGUUCCCCCCAGAGUAUACUGGGCUAAAGAUACUACAUUAGGAUUUCUAUUGCUGUGAAGAGACACCAUGACUAUGGCAAUUAUUACAAAGUAAAUCAUUUAAUUAGGGAUGGCUUACAGUUCAGAGGUUCAGUCCAUUAUCAUCAUAGUGGGACAUGGCAAUAUGCAGGCAGACAGACACAGUGCUGGAGAAGUAGCUAAGAGUCCUACAUCUUACAGGCAACAGGAAAUGGUCUGUAUGUCACACUGAAUGAAGUUUGAGCAGAAGAGACUUCAAAUCCUGCCCCUAUAAUGACACACUUCCUCCAAUAAAGCCACACCUACUUCAACUAGGCCACACCACCUAAUAAUGCCACUCCCUCUGGGGGCCAUUUUCUUUCAAACCACCACAGAUACCUUGUUGGAGCAUCAGUGAUCAUGCAAAUGCUCUUCCUGGUACAUAUUGUGUAUUGCUAUCUGCUGGUCAUUGUUGUAGGCAAUUACAGACAUGACACUUGAUUCAAGUCUCGUGAUCAUUCUUUCCAUUUUAUAGAUGGGUUAUAGCACAUGAAGAGGUUGGUAGAUGCCCAGGUCCACAGUAUAAAGAAGACACACUAAUCUAAACUUGUUUUGGAUUAGUGGAAAAAAUGGUCUUAAUUCUGAUAUUUUCAUAUGCACACAAAUACACCCCCUCAACACAUCAUUUACCUUGCUUGGAUCCAUCCUCUCAUUAACCUCUUCAUUUUACCCCUUACUAUAGCGCCCCCCUUCUUACUCCUAUAUCCCCUCUUCUGACUAAACAUUUUAUUAUAACUGUUAUAGAAAAUAAUAUUUUGGUGUCUAUUAAACAAUCACAAGACUUUCUUGCUUGGCCUAGUAACAAUUUCUAGUAGAUUUCCCAGUGUUGAGGUUUGAUCUUUGCAGCCAAAACCAAGCCUCUUUUGUCCCCUAGAAUAGUCUUAUGUUUAUUAUUGAUGCACUUAGUCCGGCCAUAUACACUUUUUGUUGUGGUUUUAAUACACAAACAUGAUUGGAUUAGUUUAUAAUCUUCCUGGGUUGUAUGAUUUCUUUUUAAAGUUUUCCUUCUUUACUAUAAUGUAUCUCAAGAAAUCUACAAACUCAAGGAAACUACAAAAAUAGCGCCACUCCUAGGACUAAAAGAUUGUGAACAUCUUGGCUCAUUUACUUCAAAGCUUGUUUUGCUUUUCUUAAAAGUUAUGCAGCUUUUAAGAUAAAAAGAAAAUAAAGUCCUGCUGGGUGUAAUGGUAUACACCUAUUAUCCAGGAAUAGAGAAGGUAGGAACUUCUCUAUUGUGAGGUUUGGGCCAGCCUAGAAAACACAGUAAGACUGUGUAGAAGGGAAGGAAGGGAGGAAGGAAGGAAGGAAGGAAGGAAGAAGGAAGGAAGGAAGGAAG